UUCCCGUUGCUUCUUCUUCCCUCUCGCCUCCUCAUCACACUCACCCAGCAUAAAGAGCCGCGCGCCUCUACGAUGUGUUUGUAGCCCAGCGUGAUUAAAGUCAUACUGUAAUUAAAAACAGUUGUUUAUCUGGAUUUCAACGCUGCCCCCUCGUCCGUUUGGUUUAACAGACUCUUGUGUUCCAAGCACCGGGUCCUCCUCGGGGAGAAAACGCGCCUACUUGGGCUCCAGUGAAAAAAAAGAAGAGGUGGACAACAGGACUGAGCUAAAUCGGGCGUGGUAGCAAGAAAAAACUAAUCUUUGUUAGCAAAAACUUCAGAAAGAAGCACCAUAAUGUCGCUGUCGGUACCGCAGAACGGAGUAAAGUCAGACGACGAGCCCGUUAUCGAGCUGUUUGUGAAGGCAGGAAGUGAUGGCGAGAGCAUCGGAAACUGCCCCUUCUCCCAGAGGCUCUUCAUGAUCCUGUGGCUUAAAGGAGUCGUCUUCAACGUCACCACAGUGGACCUCAAGAGGAAGCCAGCCGACCUCCAGAACCUGGCCCCGGGCACACACCCCCCCUUCAUCACCUUCAACGGCGAGGUCAAAACUGACAUCAACAAGAUCGAGGAGUUCCUUGAGGAUGUCCUCUCCCCACCCAAGUACAUCAAGCUUGGUGCCAGACACCCAGAGUCAAACACAGCUGGGAUGGACAUCUUUGCCAAGUUUUCAGCCUUCAUUAAGAACUCCAAACCAGAUGCAAAUGAGGGUCUGGAGCGCGGCCUCAUGAAGACGCUGCAGAAGCUGGACGAGUAUCUUCGCUCACCGCUGCCCGACGAGAUCGACCACAACAGCAUCGAGGACGUCAAGGUCUCCAGCCGCAAGUUCCUGGACGGGGAUGAGAUGACCCUGGCCGACUGCAACCUGCUGCCAAAGCUGCACAUAGUCAAGGUGAGCAGGGGGGACUUUUAA